AUGACGAUGGCCCCUUCUGCAAUGAAGACUGACGAGUUGUGUUUGAUCGACAGGUCUGCCCCAGCUGCUGCCGGUGCCCCCGCAGACGGAGCGGCGCCACCUCCCAACCUCACCAGCAACCGCCGCCUGCAACAGACACAGGCUCAGGUGGAUGAGGUGGUGGAUAUCAUGCGUGUAAACGUGGAUAAGGUUCUGGAGCGUGAUCAGAAGCUGUCAGAGCUGGAUGAUCGGGCCGAUGCCCUGCAGGCUGGAGCCUCACAGUUCGAGACCAGCGCUGCAAAACUCAAGAACAAGUACUGGUGGAAGAAUGCCAAGAUGAUGAUUAUCCUGGGGCUGAUAUGUGCGAUUGUCCUCAUCGUCCUCAUCGUCUACUUCAGCACCUAA